UAGUGUGUUCAGGUGAAAUUGAUUAGGUUAUGGUGGGUAAAAAAAAUAUUAGCAAACCACUGGGCCAGUUAGUUUACCAAAGGUGGUCGUGCCAAGCAGUCGGAAAAUUCAAUUUCACAAAAAUAUUAUAUUUAAAAAAGGCAAUAACCAUGAGGGGUUAUAAUUUUGUAGCCGUUGUGAUAACAGCUGUCGUUUUAAGCCAACUGAACGGCGCGUUAGCCCUACAUUGCUACAGUUGCACAUCGGAUAACACCACUUGCCUGACAGAUCCAACCAAAGUUGAUUCUGUAGACUGCGGAAAUUUGGAAUGCGCUAUAGCUACUACUAGUGUUGGUGCUAUAACACGUGGAUGCAACAAUGGCACAACAGAAAGUCCCUGUACAAGUCCAAGCUGCAUUGGAUGCAACACAGACAAUUGCAACAAUAACUUAGUUUGCUACAAUUGCACCGGAGAAGCAUGCAACACAGUGACGGACGCCAUGCUCCUGGGUUGUCCUUUGAAUGAUAAGUGCUUCAGUUUUGGAACGAGUGCCACCACCAUGACCCGGGGUUGCACCUCAAAUACCACCAUUGCCGAUUGUAGCGUAAGUACCAAGGAGGGAUGCCAGGUCUGUGAUACCGGAUUGUGCAAUAGUAAACCGUACGAGGCACCGACCACUGAAGCCCCCACCACAGCUUUCGAGUGCUACUCGUGCAACUCCGCUCUGGAUAGUGCCUGUUAUGAUGGGAAGGACACCUCUAAGUACACAAAGGUUGAAUGCACAAAUGGAACCUGUUUCAGUGGAUACUGGAAUCGCCAAUUUGUGCGUGACUGCUUCGGCUCUGCCAGCGCUUUGAUGCAAUAUCAGUGCAACCAGAAUGUGACAUUAGAUGGACAUCAGUGUCAAAAGUGCGAUUCUCCCACAUUGUGCAACACAUUCGCAUACAAUGGUGUAUCCUCGCUAAGUCAUGUGGGCGCGGUCGGUGUCCUGAUUGUGGCAUUUAUUACUCUUCGGAAUUCCUUGUAAUCCCCCAGCCAAAUGAUACAAAUUUUUUAAAUAUAAUCGGCGCUAACUAGUCUCAUCGAUAAUCACCAAAUAAAAACACAACUCUUUAAUAAUAA